AAGUGGCAGUAAAAUUUUAUUUUCUGUUUAUUCAGGUGAAUUCUCAGCUCAUCAGCAAUGUCUGCACUGAUGCACUCUCUGCAGAGAAGUAUUAUUAUUUUAUCCGUCUUAUGGGGCGCAAGGCCUCACACGUUGCAUUGGAAUGCACUCUCCAGUCCCAUCCAAACAUGGUAAUUCUUGGUGAGGAGGUUGCUGCAUCAAAGCUGACCCUUUUUGAAAUAACAAAACAGAUUACUGAUGCAGUUCAGACCAGGGCGGAGCAAGACAAAUACCAUGGAGUAAUCCUCCUACCAGAAGGGCUGAUAGAGAGCAUUCCUGAAGUGUAUGCACUCUUGAAGGAAAUUCAUGGCUUACUCAGACAAGGUGUUGCUGUUGACAAGAUAUCUUCUCAGCUUUCACCAUGGGCAUCUGCUCUAUUUGAAUUUUUGCCUCCUUUUAUUAGGCGACAGUUGCUCCUUUACCCUGAAUCCGAUGACUCGGCACAGUUAUCACAGAUUGAAACUGAGAAAUUACUAGCAUAUCUUGUGGAAGCAGAGAUAAACAAGCGCCUGAAAGAAGGUACAUACAAGGGAAAGAAGUUCAAUGCCAUUUGCCACUUUUUUGGUUAUCAAGCUCGUGGAUCUCUUCCAUCAAAAUUUGACUGUGAUUACGCAUAUGUCCUUGGACACAUCUGCUACCAUAUACUUGCCGCAGGUCUUAAUGGGUACAUGGCAACUGUAACUAACCUGAAGAAUCCUGUAAACAAGUGGCGAUGUGGGGCUGCUCCAAUAGCAGCUAUGAUGACUGUGAAACGAUGGUCUCCAAAUCCAGGAGCCACAUCAAUUGGAAAACCUGCUAUUCAUCCAGCUACCGUGGACUUGAGAGGCAAAGCUUAUGAGCUGUUGAGAAAAAAUGCAACAAGCUUUCUCAUGGAUGAUAUUUACAGAAAUCCAGGUCCACUUCAGUUUGAUGGUCCUGGUGCAGAUGCCAAAGUCAUAACUCUCUCUGUUGAAGACCAGGACUACAUGGGCCGCAUUAAGAAGCUUCAGGAGUACCUUGAACAGGUCCGAACCAUUGUAAAACCAGGGUGCCCUCAGGAGGUUUUGAAGGCGGCACUCAGCGUGAUGGCGUCGGUGACCGAAGUUCUGGCAGCCAUGUCAACCACUUCUACGAACAGUCUGGCAGCCCUUUGAGAGGAGCAGAUGGAAGUUGUAUUCUUUUCCAAUAUUUUCAGGCCUAAGGUUUUAGUUUCUUCAUUUUGUAGCCAUGGAAGUAGUUGUUGAAUGGAAAUAAGAGUUAGAUCCGACAUGGUGCAUGUCAAGGUGAGAUUAUACUGUAGUCAAAGUUUUGGCUCUGUGUUCCCAACUGGGUCAUAUUUUUUUGUUUUUUUGAAGACACGAGAGUUCAUUCCAUGUGAGACAAUGUUUGAUAAUUUAGCUUGGUGCUUGAGAUUGUUACUGUUA